UUCUCUUUCUCUCUCUCUCUCUCCGCUCUUUCUCCUCACACGCUGAUCGUGCUUCAACGUACCGAGCGUGCAACGAUCACCCGAUGCUGACUCGCACGACGGCGACGGCGACGGCGGCAGCGGCGACGGCUUUCCCUGGCAGAAAACGUCGACUGCCGCGCGCGCGCUACUGCGAGGGGGUCGGUGACGGCGACAAAGCGUUCUCCCCGGCUUUUCCAGGGGUUCCUCUCUCUCUCUCUCUCUCUCUCCUUUUCCUCCCUCUCCCCCCGCGCUCCCCUUCGUCGCGCGCGCACGCUUUUACGCCCUCUCCUCUCGAUGAUCUUCCUCUCUCCUCCUGCUGCCCCGCGGCCACGAUGCGUUUACUCUCUCUCUCUCUCUCUCUCUCUCUUCAUCUCGAUUCUCUCGCUCCUCAUCCUCUUCCUCCUCCUCCUCCUCCUCCUCCUGCUCCUCUUCCCUCCUCCCGCGGAGGACGGAGGACCGCGAGGUGUCCCGGGCGUAGUGAGCAGCUCUCACCCGCUUUAUCCACCCUCGCACAGCGCCUGCGCGUCCCGGGGAUGUUCCCCUCGCUCACCUCCGCGUGCUCUCCUUCUGCCUCCCUGACCAUCCGUCCUGCGGAUGCCCUCUCGGUCUCUUUCUCUCCUCUCGCGGUCCACGCCGCCCCUCCUUCGUCCCCAUUCUCUCCUCUCACCACGCUGUUCUCCGCAAGCGCUCGCCUCCUCUUUCGCCUGUUACCCGCUUUUCUUCUCUAUCCCUCUUUUCUGUUAGGUGGCCGCGCUGCUUUUAUCGGCCGUGUCCUCUUCCUCUCGCUCGUGUUAUCUCGGAGGACCAUGCACGCUCCUCGAGCUGAAGCCAGCCUCUCCCUCCGGCCACCCUCCCCCCGCCCGAGCACCAAGUUUUUUGGCCGGAACUCUUACGACGGAUCGAAUUUGAAUGCGUGCGGGACGCGAAAGCGGGUCACGGUUCCGUCUCCUUCCAAAAGAAACGCAGCGAAACGCAACGAAACUGUGUUCGCCGAGCGAAAACAGUUUUCAUUGGCGACCUGCUUUUUUUUCGUAUAGAACGGAGAGAAAACGAAACUAAAAGGAAAAAAGAGAAAACGGAGCUUGCAAUCUGUCCUUAAACUUCAUUUUAAAUUUAAUUUUCUAUUUUUUAGCACUCGCAUAAAUUCGCAAACCGCCGCGUGAGACAAAUUUAUUUCUCUCUCGCGCAAGAUGAGAGAAAGAGAGAGAGAGAGAGAGAGAGAGAGAGAGAGAGAGAGAGAAUAAGAACGCAUGACAUAGAUGAAUUACCGGUAUUAAAAGCGCGGGAUUACACAACGCGCUUGCAUUGUGAUACAAUAAAUUGUCUUUGCACGGAUAAAGACGUCGACGCUCGAUCGCCGAAUUUUUUUCGAACAUUAUUCGACGAACGUAAGGCAUUUUCUUCUUUCCUCCUCCGUCCUCUCCCCCGUAAAUACACGUGCGCACGCGAAAAAGACAAACGUUCCACACUCUUGCAGCGUCGUUAUUUAUGUUCACACCUAUGGGAUGUGCACGAGAAUCGAGGCUUAAAGCCUGACUUUAAAUCGAAACACCAGCUUUAAGCGGAGCUUCGAGAUAUAAAAAAAAAAGGGAAAAGAGACCCAGGUGAUAUCUCACAGCCGUUCGCAAUCGUUCCCUUAUGCGAGGCGUCGUUCGUGAACUCACGACGAGUGCAGAUAUCAUUGAGAGCGUGAUGAUUGAAAUCGAGCUGGGCGAUGCUGGCGACUCAGUAGGACCUCGAUGACAAUCCCGGCGCAUUAAAUAAUAAAAGGCACGACCAAAAUGCCAUUGGGAUCUCUAUUGCAAAUAGCCACAAUUUUGCGGAAUAGCGAUGGUCGCUGCGAUCGAUACAACAUGCGGUGCACCUAUAUCGGGAAACAUUGACUGAGUUGCAGCGGACCUUCGUAAUUUUCGACAGGAGUUUGCAGAACACGUGGAGCGAACUAAUUCGAUUAUGGACAAUCUGACCGCGCCGAGGGAAAAUUUAAAGUUCACUCAAGCAGCGCGCACGCGAUGCUGUAAUUGCCGAUUCCGCUAUUAUUUCAUUAGCCUAAUGUGUGUGUGCAACAAUGUAAAUUAUUAGGACGUAACAUGAAAUACCGCGGCAGCACCCGUGAUUUCUUCAUUAAAUUGAAGAAUCGAAUGAUCGUGAUACAUUGCACUUUAAUUACACGUGCCACGGGUGCGCGUAUACGAUUCCUAUAUUUUUGCGACGUAAUUAAAUGAAGAAUCAAUGUCAAUUUUACGAUGUUAAAUUGAAAUCAUUUGCGUAGCGUGUACUGCGCAUGAUGAUAAGGUAAACUGAUACUGUAGUAUAACAUACAUGUACAACAUACAUCUACAAUAUACAAUAAUGUUGCGUGUAUGUCACGAACACUAGAUCAGAGUUUAUUUAAUCUCAAGCUCGCAUCCCGUUAAUUUUCAAUGGGUAAUUUGCAUUCUUGGGAAAUUUUGAGAGAAAGAGAGAGAGAGAGAGAGAGAGAGAGAGAGAGAGAGAGAGAGAGAGAGAGAGAGAGGGAAAAGAUGGGAGAAAAAGGGAGAAGGAUCGAAGGAGGAAAUCUCUUGUCGAGUAAUUUUGCUAAGUGAGAUACACCCAGGAAUUAAUUCGUCAGUAAACUAAACUACUGACAUCUAUUUAAAGUUUACUCCACUUAAACUGAUGUUCGUACAAACUGCGUUCCGUCGUUAUCUUUAGGCCGCUAAUAAUUUACCGCUUUCGGAACUAUCGUACGGAGCGUUCGAUUAAUGACAAAAUUAUUAAUAAUAUCGAUCGUGUUUAUACCUUCAUCUCCUCGCAAUUGAAAAGAUUAAUUUGGAAUGUCGUUAGAGAGUAAGUUGUCGAAUUUUCUCAUCAAAACAGAAAUAAAUUGGGCAUUAGUAUUAGCACCAAAAUUAUUAAAUUGUCAAUUAAUAUUGCGAAAUCACCAUUCUAGUUUAAUAUAAAAGAUGCGUUUUAAGACGGAAAAUAACACUGUUAAAAAUGUCAUAAAACUUAGUGUAUUUUUAAGUUACACAUUAAAUUUAAUGUACAGUAAAUUUAAUGUAUCAAUAAGUGAAAAUCAUGUGCAUGAAAUUAGUGCAUCUUUAGUGCACUUUUGACAUCAAAUUACAUUAAAUGUACAUUAAAUGUUUUUUAAUAUACCUGCUUGAAAUUUGUUUCCGUUACAUUUCAU